CGCAAAUCGGUUCUGGCGGACUCCGUUGCCCGACCAUGAAGAAAAUUUCUGCAUUCUACUGGCAGGACCUUGGUUCCCUCAGGCACGUCGGAUCUCGCAGAACAACGCGCCGAGGCACCGCCGAUGCGCGCUAGAGCCAACUGGGAAUGGGCUCCUUUUCCCGACCCAAAACGGCCUAGUGGCCUUACCCGGACGACCCUGAUUCGGGAUAGCAGUGACGACAUGAUACGGGGCCAAACGGGUAAUACGAGUACGGGGAUCCAGUCAGGCCCCGUAAGCCGUACCCGCCGCCGUCCGUCGCCCCGUCGCUCUCUGGCUGAUCCAAGCACCUGCAAAAUCCUCAUAUCCCAUUGUUCCCUUCACCUUUCUCUCUCUCUUCUUUUCUUCUUCUUCUCCAUUCCCUUCACCUCCGCCUCUACCUCCUCCUCGCUAUCUCUCCUUUCCUCCUCGUCCGCCUCCGACUCUCCGGCUCCGUGGCCAUCUACCGCCCCCUCGCGACCGGUCCUCGUUCUUGGUUUCCUCUCUCGCCCUUACUGUCCGCCUUGCGUCAGAGACCCUUGCAACGUGACUCUCCCCGAGUAUCCUCGUUUGGCCGCUGGAGACCGGAGCCUGCGCUCCCACUUCAUAUUUCUCCGCCUUGCAACACGUCUGUCGGCUUGAGCCAGCCAGCCAGCGAUCGAAACGUUUUGUUCCAGGCGCCGUGCCCCUUUCACAACCUGUCACGUUGACGCCCAGAAUCCCCCUUUCCGCCGACCUCCGCCUGGCGCUUCUUUGACUCCCUCGAACCCCAUUCUGGCGACAUUCUUCCCUUGUCAACUUUGCCGGUGUUGCUGGGAUAAUAAACCUAAUCUGACGAAUCCACGGAGUCUCUGGUGAGACUAGCCGCCGAGAUGAAUACCUCCCUUCCCUCGUGGAAGGAUCGCACGCAAAACCAGUUCGGCAAGCUCCAGAUCCAAGUCCCAUGGCGGU